AUGAAUUGUACGGAUGUGAAGAAGGUGCAGUUUGAUACUCAUAUGCUUGAGAAGGAAGUUGAGGAUUGGUGCGGUAACAUUGUUCAGAGGUUUGAUGAAGAAGGAAUUGAGGUUACUUGGGCUCUUUUUCGAGAUGCAUUUAUGGAGAACUAUUUUCUAGAAGAUGUGCGUGGGAAGAAAGAGGUUGAGUUUCUUGAGCUGAAGCAGGGUAAUGGAACUGUGGCAGAGUAUGCUGCAAGAUUUCAGGAGUUGAUUAAGUAUUAUCCUCAUUACAACACUGAUAAUGCUGAGAGGUCUAAGUGUCUCAAGUUUGUGAAUGAUUCGCGUUUUGCUGAGUUGGUUAACAAAAGUAGGAUCUAUGAUGAGGAUUAUAGGGAAAGUACUGCUCAGUACAAGUCUGGCAAUGAUAAGAAAGGGAAGUCAAGUGGGGGAGGAGCUCUUACUUUGAUUAGGUGCUACAGGUGUGGUGUUGGAGGUCAUCGUGCUUUUGAGUGCACAUGUGCUGAGAUGAAAUGGCACAUUAGCACCAAGUUUGACAAGCCGAAGAAGGAACAAGCGAAAGGGAAAGUGUUUACUCUAUCUGGUUCCAAGACUACUGCUGAGGACAGGCUAAUCCGAGGUAAGUGCUUUAUUAAUGGUACACCUUUGAUUGAUAUCAUUGAUACUGGCACAACACAUUCUUUCAUUUCUUUGGAAUGUGCUUUGAGAUUGAAUCUUGUUUUAUCUGAUAUGCGUGGAAGUAUGAUUAUUGAUACUCCUGCGAUGGGUUCAGUGACUAUUUCAUAUGUUUGUUUGAAUUGUCCGUUGAGUAUUUUUGGUAGAGUCUUUGAGAUUGAUUUAGCGUGUCUUCCGUUAGAUCAAAUUAAUGUUAUUCUUGGGAUGAACUGGUUGGAAUACAAUCAUGUUUAUAUCAAUUAUUUUAAUAAGACAAUUAUCUUUGAUGAAGAUGGUGUUGAGAGCGAUUUGUUCAUGUCUGCUAAGCAAGUGGAUGAGUCUGUGCAAGAUGGUGUUGUGUUGUUUAUGUUGUUAGAAACUUUGGAUAUCAGUGAUAAGAGAGCAAUUGGUGAUUUACCAAUCGUUGUGAUUUUCCGAAGGUAUUUCCUAAAGAUGUAA